UUCAUCAUCAGUUUGCUCCACCCAGAAUUCUUCUGGAGACUGGAGCACUUCCACUAUCUGGAUGUGAGGUUGCACCAUUUGUUUCUCUGCUGAUUCCCAGAAUGGAGCUGAAGUCUCUCCUGCUGUUCCUAUGUAUCCUGUCAGCUCUGUUAGAAGCUGGUUAUGCACUUUCCUGCAACAUGUGUAUAAAUAUGAACGACCCGUACUGCCAAGGAUCCAGUAUGGACUGUCCUGCGGAUAAUGUCUGUGCAUCUUCCUAUACCGUGACUUACAUAUAUGAAUCAGCAGUGAGUAAAGUAUUUUCCAGGGCAUGUGCACCUAAAAGUCAAUGCAAUAUUUCGGGGAGUGCCAGUGUUCCUAAUGGCAAGAUCAAGAUAAGAAUCAAUUGUUGUGAGACAGAUAACUGUAUUCCGCCAACACCGACAUUACCUGAAGAUAACGUUCAGCGAAACGGUCUGACAUGCGAAACAUGUGGCAGUGAUUCCUCUAAUUACUGUGACUCUGAUGAAACCAUGCAAUGCACCGGGAAUGAAAGGAGGUGCCUUCUCCAAACCACCGAACAGUCUGAUCCAAGAAAUUGUUCCAACUAGAGACAGCCUGUAUACUGUAUAUACAUUUGUGAACUAUUUUACUGUACCUGAAAAACAAUUAUCACUGAGUAAAUCUUAAAUGGUUUGGAUUGUUCAAA